UUGAAAUCAGUGACAUAGCCUGUUCUCAACGGAGCUAACGUUAAUACGUUUGCGUAACACGUAGCCACCUCGCUGAGGUGCUGAGCAAUAGCUUCAAAAAGCAAAUUUGAAAUUGUAUCUCGAGAUAUGUCAUGGGUAGCGUUGUAGCGCAGAAGAACAACCUGUCUUUCUAGAGCAAACAGAUUUUGUUCGUGUUUGCGGAAUAACUCUCAGGAUUUAAUCCACGGGUCUUUGUGGUGACACAUCAGGGAUUGAAACAGCAUCGAUAAUGAGGCUGGCAGGUCCUCUGCGUGCUGCUGUGGUCCUGCUGCUGCUGGGACUCACCUGGUUGUUAGCCAGCACUAUCCUGAAAGGAGACGGCACCUCUUUACUGGCCCGCUUCUUCUUCCGAGGAGGAAGCGAGGAGCCAACAGCAGAGCCCAAACCUCACAAGUACAAAUGUGGCCUCUCGGCGCCCUGUCCGCAGAAGCACCUGGCCUUCCGCCUCGUCUCCGGAGCCGCCAACGUCAUCGGCCCCAAGAUCUGUCUGGAGGACAAAAUCCUCGUGAGCAGUGUGAAGAACAACGUUGGCAGAGGGCUGAACAUCGCGUUAGUAAACGGCGUAUCAGGAGAGUUGCUGGAAAUUAAAUCGUUUGACAUGUGGGCUGGAGAUGUUGCAGACCUGUUGAAGUUCCUCCGGCCGCUCCACGAGGGAACGCUGGUCUUUGUGGCCUCUUUCGAUGAUCCUGCCACGAAGUUGAAUGACGAAGCGCGUGCUCUCUUCGGGGAGCUGGGCAGCACUGCAGUGAAGGAGCUGGGGUUCAGGGACAGCUGGGUGUUUGUGGGAGCCAAAGGCAUUGAGAACAAAAGCCCAUUCGAGCAGGGCCCUUUUCUUACAGCUGUUCUCUAGAAGAGGCAAAUGGUGCUGAAACCCCUGUUCAGGAGUCUCUGGCAUAACCAGGCCAUCUAUUAUUUCUUUAUUCUCACUUGCACUGCACUUAGAUGUGGUUAUGAGUUUCCAUUUCCCCCCUGAUCAUUAGCUGACCUUAAUAAUACAUUAUACCAUUCUAAAUGGUAGCAUAAUUUUCCUUGAAGCACGGAGUAAGAAGCGGUCUUGAGUAAUGCUUAGUUUGCAUCAAUGUGGACAACUGCACAAGCGAAACGAUUAAAGAGGAUUGAACUCCCUCUCUCUAUGCUUUCCUCUCUCUCUCUCUUUCUCUCUCUCUCUCAAUUCCUCAGAGGAUGAAGAACAGUAAGAGCACCAAUAAGUACGAGGGCUGGCCCGAGUCUCUGGAGAUGGACGGCUGCAUUCCCCUCCGAGCAGCUCAGGACAGCUAGCCUCCUCCGGGGACGGGCAGACGCACGGAUAGACCGAUUAGGAACUGCCUUGACGACCAACAGUUUUGGCAAGGUCCAUCUUUGAAGAUCACUUCUCCCUGGGGGGGACCUGCUUUUGCCGAAAUGCACAAGCAACGGUGGGGAACCUUUUUAAAAACGAGGAGAAAAAAAAAAGACUUUUUGGUUAAACACUUCCAUUCAAGUUAUAUAUAUAUAUAUAUAAAUGGGUUGGGGGGGGGUUCAUAGGGUCUGGCUGUACUGUACAGAAUAUAGGUUACUGUGUGCAUAUACUGGUGUGAGGGAGAGCAUCACUCACAUUCUGGGCUGGGAUGAACAUUUGAGGAAAUACUGCCGCAGCGGUGGGGAGUGGGGGGGGGGGUAAUUGCGGUAAUGGCGGUAAUGGCGGUAAUGGCAAUCGCAGGGAUCGGUAACGCUCGUUAGCUGAAGACCCUAAUGAAGCCGUAAUGAAGGACGCACAGGUGGAGAGGCUUUGGCAUGUACAUCAAAGGUGUUUCGCCCUCAAAUGUACUGAUGCCCCUGUGCCCGGCUCCCCCUGAUCUGAACUGUGCUGAAUGGCGCAGGGGAGGGUUUCCCCUGCACACAGGCUGUUCUGCUCAGGGCAGCGGGAGUGCAGUGUGGUAGCGGGUCAGUUUAACUCAUGGCCUGUGAACAGGUGGCUGGUCGGAAUACCUCAUGGAUCAGUGCUGUUAGCUAAGCUACUUAACCCCAAUUGCUUCAGUCAAAAAAUCUGCUUGGUAAAUGGAUAGAUGAUAUUUAAAGUGUAAGUUUAGCAAACUAAGCUCCACAAAAAGGGCGCCUAGCACACGCAUAAAUGGCAAUAAGAGAUCUGAAGGACUGGAUUGAAGCAAGCAAACUUGAAUAAUUUCCAAUGAAGAGAUUUUGAAGGAAGAUCGAGUCAAAGUGCAUUAAAAGGGGCCCGACUGCUCCUAUCCCAACUUGCCUUAUCCGUUGUUAUCCAUUUUAAUUGUUACACAACACAUCGGUUUGCAGAUAUGGAGGGCUCUAUUUUUGCAAUUUUUUACACAGUUUAGCAGUUUUUGUUUUAAGGUUUCUUUGCAAAAACCACCACCAUCAAACGACAAACCCCACACAGACUGACAGUCACUGACAUGCAUAAUAAUAAAAAUCAUAAUAGACGCACACUCGUUCUGGUACAUUCCAUAUCAUCGCUGCGUAUUUAUCCCAAUGAAACCCAGGGUUUUAUUUCUGUUUCUGUUAAAAAGUUUGCCGUUUUGUCUUGUUGAAUGUUUUUUUAAAUUUGUUAUUGGUGUGGUAAAUGUGCGAUUGCGCUUUUUAAAAAAUCUUUUACAUUGUCUGCGCAUCUUUGAAGUUUGUCUAGAUUUCAGCAUGGCAAUAAUGAAGGAAAUGAGAAGGGUAUAGGAUGUUAUUUUUGAAGCGUUUCUACAGAACAGCAGGUGUAUUCUCUGAGACCACGGGGACUGGGGGACUCAUGAAUAGAACCCCCCCAGUCUGAAUUCACCCGGUUGAAAUUCUUGAGGGGGGAUUUACACAUUGUUUUAAGGAGCAGCACCGUGAAAUAGCAAACCACACGUGUGCUGCUCCUCGUGGCCAUUGACAGGCAUAACAGAAUCUCACCCGUACGCGGCAAGGGGCAGCUGGACCAGUGUAGAGGUGGUGGUGAUGUUCCUGAGGGGGCGGGGCUGCGGGCUCUGGGAGGGGUCUGUUGAUCCUGUGCAUACAAUGGAAGGAUGGGAGCCCUUCCUGCCUUUGGGAGGAGCCCAAGAGCACAGCGGAAAGCCACAUGUUGAGCUGGACUUUUCCUCCUCCCGCAUAAGAUUGCGUUUUGAAGUUUGCAUGUGCAGCUGAAGGCAGUUGCCUCUGUGCUCUGGCAAGUGUGUACCUGAGUGCACCUUCAUAGUGCUGAGAGGAAGUGACAUCACAGGCUCUUCCUCACUAUCUCUUGCGGUCAUCCAAGACCACAGCUGCCUCAGGUCAGUUUUACAGGGGAUAGCGGUGUUGUGAGGUCAGAACCAACUGUGGUCUCACCACCACCCCCUCCCUUACAGCAGUCUUCAUCUGCCUGUGGGGGGCGACACUGCGUCUCUAUGCACCUCUGAUACCUUGUCAUGUGUGACCAGCGUGUUAGCCUGUUUGAUACAGUGUUGUUGUUGUUUGACAAUCAGAAAUAGAUCCUACUGCUAAAGCUGUUGUAUGGUCCAGUUGAAAGGUUGCGUUGUCACAAGGAUUCACUCUAAUAAUAACUCUGAAAGAUGUCAGACAGCCAGUCUUCCUUUGCAGUUGUGCUCAUGUUCCUGGUUCCUUUGUCUCAUGCAAAGUCAUGCACUUAUUUUGCUGAAAUCAUCAUGAUGGUAGACUGGUGUUGGUGUUGUUUUAUGGUUAAUGUGCUCCAAAUAGUUAUUCCUCAAAUGAAGGAACUAGGACAUCAGCUGAUUGGUGGAAUUCCAGAGAAACGUUUACCUGCCCUUUUUACUGUGAAAUUAUUUAAAAUUGUAUGAUAACCAAUAAGAACUAUAUUAACACAUGCUUUGUAUUUGUUUUUUGAAUGAACCGUACCAAGAACAUUUGUCUGCUGCUACAAAUAAAGCAACUAAAUUGGUUGUUAGACCCUCAGACAGACUUGUAAAUAUGUUCACAAUUAACUUAUAAACUUGCUUUUUUAAAGAAAGGUACAGUUACAAAUUUCAACACAGGAGAAAGGAUUAGGUACAUCGCAAAUGCCCAUUUCAGUUUCAGGUGGCCUCAAUCACUUCCAUGCUUUGAUAACAAAUUAAAUUUUACAUGUGGGUACAAGAUAUUUCCUAAUAAAUUUUCACUUUCUGUACAAUAUCUUUAAAGCUGUUCUGGUGUUUUGUACUGUCACUGUCGCCACGAGCCCUCUUUCGCCUUCUGUCGCGUAGCCCUGGGCAGUAGAGAGCGAUGUCUUCAUUGUGCGAAUCUGCUGCUGGUGUGAUGUGUGUGCGCAGUUUAGCCUUCUGUCUAGUUGUGCCUGCACCCCUUUUAUGCAUGUGCAACUUUGUGUGUGUGUGUGUGUGUGUUAAUCUCUAUACAAGCUUCUUUCCAUGUGUACUAUCUGUGUGGGUCUGUGAAAGGGGAAAAACUAGUUGGCUACAUCCUGGUCAUUCCACAAAACUGGGGUAGUAGCAAUAAGGCAUAAGCUCAUUUGAAAUCAUAUAUAUAUAGAGUUUUCAACAAAGGAUUUAAGGUUUUAUGGUCAGGUGAAGUAAAACGGGAAUGGUUAUGCAUGGUGUUAUGGCUGGUGCAAAUCAAAUACUGCCUUGGCUCUUGUUCACUCAUUGUUCACACCUCAACCAUUGACCUCUGGCUCCCGUAUCUUCUGCCUCACAAUGGUAUCACAUGUAAACCGCUAUUAUUUCUGACUGGCUAUUACAAAUAGCAUUACUUUUCUAUUAAUGUGUUUGCCAUAGCAAAUGUGUUGAAUACCUUGCCAGGCCAGGUAUUGAAAUGUUAAUGUAUAUUUAAUAGUGUCAUGAUUUCAAGCUCUGAGGCAAUACAAUGAAAAGCAUUUCCAUCUGAA